GCCGUUGCCAUGGCUGCGGGCGGACGCGCGGGGUCGGCGCGGCGGUGGCAGCGAUGGCCGCGAUGGCGCUGAGGCGGCUGCUGCUGCGCUACUUCCCGCCGGGAAUUAUUUUGGAGUAUGUAGAAGGUGUUGAGUCAAAGACCAAAUCAAUAGAUCUGCUUGAUCUUAGACCUGACACAGAUGUUACAGCCUUAGUAGAAGAAAUCCAAAAAAGAGAACCUCUCAUCACAGCUUCCUGCUUGGAACAUGUCGUAUGUCUAGUACAAAGAUUGCAGGAGAAGCUAGGGGAAAAACAGAAUCACAAAUUCUCUCUUUUUAAGGUGCUUAGAACACACAUAUUGCCCCUGACUAAUGUCGCAUUUAACAAAUCUGGUUCCCGCUUUAUCACUGGAAGCUAUGAUAGAACCUGCAAACUGUGGGAUACAGCAUCGGGAGAAGAGCUGCAUUCACUGGAGGGACACAGAAACGUUGUCUAUGCAAUAGCUUUCAAUAACCCCUAUGGUGACAAGAUUGCCACUGGAUCUUUUGAUAAAACCUGCAAACUGUGGAGUACAGAAACAGGCAAAUGUUAUCAUACCUUCAGAGGACAUAGUGCAGAAAUAGUGUGCUUAUCAUUUAAUCCUCAGAGCACACUGUUGGCAACUGGAAGCAUGGAUACCACUGCCAAAUUAUGGGAUCUAGAGAAAGGAGAAGAAGUAGCCACUUUAAAUGGACACUCAGCAGAAAUUAUUGCUCUGUCUUUCAAUACCACUGGAGACAGGAUCAUCACUGGCUCCUUUGACCAUACAGUAGGAGUAUGGGAUGUUGGCACUGGCAGGUUGUUACAUACUUUAAUAGGCCACCGAGGAGAGAUUAGCAGUGCGCAGUUCAACUGGGACUGUUCUCUCAUUGUCACUGGAUCAAUGGACAAAACGUGCAUGCUGUGGAGUGCUGUGACAGGGACACACAUCGCGACGCUGGCGGGGCACAGCAGGGAGGUGCUGGAUGUCUGCUUUGACUACGCCGGGCAGCGCAUUGCAACAGCCUCUGCCGAUGGGUCAGCAAGAGUCUAUAAUGCAGGAACAAAACAGUGCAUUGCAAAGCUAGAAGGGCAUGAAGAUGAAAUUUCAAAGGUGUGUUUCAACCCUAAAGGCAAUUGCAUACUAACAGCCAGUUCUGAUAAAACAGCUCGGCUCUGGGAUGCUGCUACUGGACACUGCCUUCAGAUAUUAGAGGGUCAUACUGAUGAGAUCUUCUCCUGUGCUUUUAACUACAAAGGUGAUACUAUCAUUACAGGGAGCAAGGAUAACUCCUGUAGAAUCUGGCACUGACUGAGGAAAAGGAUCCAGUUUGAUGUAUGCCUGCCUACUUUGUGAGUUUCAGAGUGAAUAAACUCAGCCUGUCAGCUCUGUUUUCUUUCACUCUCUUGGUUUGCCUUCUGUUGAAGUAGCACAGUUAUCUAGAUUUGAUAAGGUUUGACUUAGAAAUGGCAUCACAGAACUACAGAACUGCAGAGGUUGGAAGGGACCGCUGGAGGUCAUCUAGCACAACAGCCUGCCCUGCUCACAACCCUGUCAUCCAAGCAGGCUGCCCAGGACUGACGUGGGUUUGAAUAUCUCCAAGGAUGAAGACUCCACAGUUUCUCUACACAACCUGCUUAGUAUGUGAUUACUUGCAUAGUAAAGAAGAAAAAUAGGGUUUUUUUUCCCUCUUAUGUUUAAGCAGAAUAGUUCCUUAUAUUUCAAUUAGUGCACAUUGCCUCUUCACUGAGUAGCACUGAGAAGAAUCUGGUCUCUUAUUUCAAUCACCAGAGAGAAUCAUGAUUAAUGAGAAUGAAUGCAUAGAAUAGCUCAGUUUCUUUAUGUGUGAUUUUUUUUAAUUUGUAACCUUUUGAAUAAAAAAAAAUAGAGCAUUAUAGUAAUCUCAGUUGUGAAAGCUGACUUUUGUAUUAAUUUUUUGUGUGUCUGUAAUAAAAUAUUGAAUUAAAA